AUGUAAUUUAUAUAAAAAUAACAUAUUCCUAAGGCUCUCAGUUUUAUUUAAGCUGUGGAAUUCCUUGCUGAGUACUUAGGUAAAUCAUCAGAAAAACGAAUUUAUAAAUAUUUCUUAGGCUUGGAAAUAUUGAAAUUGAUUGUAAAACUUAGAAAAUGGUAAUUGGUGGAUAAGUGUGGUCUAAUGAUUUCAGAAAAUAACAACUAUUCCGAAACAGAUUAGCAGGAAGAUGAAGCUGCCUUGCAAUUCCAGGAAAAUUUGAGUGCCUUAGAAUAUAAUCCCUAAGUUGUCAAUGAAAAAUCUGUCAAAGAUGAACUCAAAUCAAUCAAAGACCCUAUUCCUAAAUUCAACCUUGGAUAUUACGAUGUGAUUCAAGACAAAUAAGCUUCUCUUUUAACAAUGCUCCCUAUUCCAAACGAUGUGAAGUAGAAAGAUUAUGAUUCCAAACUAAAUUAAAUAAGAAUUAAAAUUGGAGAAGUCUUGCAUCUCAUCCGUCCAUUAAUCUAUUGUACAUUGAUUCUCAAGCAUGGAGGAGAUAGCUAUACUCCAUACAUUGUUUCAUUCUUAAUUGAUGUCCUAAGAUUUGUAAUAGAAUUCCAAAUUAAAAUAUAUCGAAAAAGUUAGAAAGAGGAACUCAAAAUCAGAACAAAAGAAGCCAUAAUCUGCUACAUCUUAAGGAAUCCAUUUUACAGUACAAUUGUGAAGCAGAUGAUCUUAAGCAAUACUUUGGGUAAGAUCUUAAAUCCAUAAGGAUGGAUCUAUCGUCUUGUAAUCGCAUUAAUUGAAUUAAGAUCAUCAAAGUGUCUUUUAUUGUGAAGUUGUUAUUGUUUUAUAAUAAAUUAUAUCCACAAACCCUUUCUAUAAGAGAGUUAA